AUGCCUAAUAAUAGGGACUUCACGGGAAAGGUAGUGCUGAUCACCGGUUCCAGCGCUGGCAUCGGUGCCGUCACUGCCAUCGAGUUCUCCAGAAGUGGCGCACAGGUAGUGAUCAACGGACGAAAUGUUGGGAACCUAUCACAAGUGGCCAAUGAGUGUGAGAAAGUGUCGCCAAAAGGCCUGAAAGCGCUGGAAGUGGUCGGGGAUGUGACCAAAGAGGACGACUGUCGUAGACUUGUUGACGCCACUAUCAAAUCGUUUGGGAAACUGGAUGUUUUGGUAAAUAAUGCGGGCUAUGGGGCCAUUACCUCCAUAUACAACACCGAUCUGAUGGCCACAUACGACAGUUUGAUGGCCACAAACCUGCGGUCAGUCGUCUAUUUGACUCAUUUAUGUGUCGCACAGUUGGAGAAAACUAAAGGCAAUAUCGUUAACAUAUCGAGUAUCGCCGGACUUAAGCCCUUUGACCAAGUGAGUGUCUACUGUAUGUCGAAAGUAGCGCUCGACAUGGUCUCCAAAUGUUUGGCCCUAGAGUUGGCACCCAAAGGCAUUCGUGUCAAUACUAUCAACCCGGCCUCCGUGCGCACCAACUUUGACACAGCGAUGGGUCUGACCCGCAAACAGUACGACGACCUGUUGGCAUAUAGGGAGCAGUCGUAUCCGUUGGGAAGGGUGGGCGAGGCCAUCGACAUCGCAAAUGUGGUGCUAUUUCUAGCAUCGGAUGAGUCUUCAUGGGUGACGGGAAUUAACUUUCUCUCAGAUGGAGGCGCUCUCAACGCGUAG